CACACAAGCAGAACAACCCCAGCAGCAAACUCAGCGUACCUCAAAGUAGAGUGUGCAGUGAAUUACAGUGUGCAGGAAAGUGCUAGUUAGCCUUUACCGACUUUCACUAAAUCUUGUUUUAAAAAAAGAUCAAACGAAAAAUAUGACAUAUCCCUUUAAAUUAGCCUCAGUUUCGAGUCUUCCGUUUGCACCGCCCCUUGCUCUUUGACCAGCCUAUCAGUGCACGGUGCACGUGACGAGCGCUCUCUGCGAUGACCUCAUCCCUGGUGUGGGAUGACGUCAAAUUCAAGAUGGAUGGAAUCACGACCAGCGCGGAGAAAUCUACACAACACUGAACAAAGUCCCGGCUACGUGGAGGAAAGACCGUGUUCACGACGGGCAGGCCAUGGAGAGCCUAGUGCAUUACAGUAACCCCUCCCACGCCCUGUCAUUGCUGGGGGCUCUGAAUGAGCAGCGACUGCGGGGACAAGCGUGUGAUGUGGUCCUGGUUGUGGGAGACCAAAGGUACCAGGCCCAUAAGAGUGUUCUGGCUGCCAGCAGUGAGUAUUUCCAGUCCCUUUUCUCGCGGAUGGACGCAGACUCGCUGACAGUUGUAAACCUGGACUUCUGUGAGCCGGAUGCCUUUGAGAUCGUUUUGAAUUACAUUUACUCCUCCUCACUCUUUGUGGACAAAGGCAGCCUGGCAGCCAUUCAAGAGCUGGGAUACAGCCUCGGAAUCCCUUUCCUCACCAACAUUGUGUCAACAAGGCCACAUGCAUCCUACUGUGUGUCUAGAAAAAGGCUUUCGUUCUCAGAGGGGGAUGAGAAUGAUGUCCACACAAGGAGCGUCAUUGUGCGUCGGGUCCGGAAUGACACGGCCCAUCCCUCUCGCUCGAGUUAUCCGAGAAAAACAUCUGAGAGAUCGACAUCUCCCCACUCUGCUCAUGGGUCCACUCGGCCUCCCUCGGAACACAACUCGUACGAAUCGGUCAGAAACUCUGAGCCCAGCAGGAAGUCCCCUGACCGGGGUGAAGCUUUGGAGAGGACGUAUGCCUCCAUAUUGAAAGGGAAUUCAUCACACUUCACACCCGUGAGACCCCAGCUGACAUCAUCAGUGUCUUUCAGUGAUGCUGAAGUGCAGCACAUCAGGCUGCCGUCUGGCCCUGACCAGGACAAUAAAGAGGAGAAUGAGGAGCAGGAGUCCCGCUACAAUACCAAAGUGCCCUUUCAGGGUCAGGCUAGUGAGCCAAGCCAGACCAUUGACAGGAGUGGGCCACUUAUAAAAAGCCUACUCAGGAGGUCAUUAUCCAUGGACAGCCCCGUUCCAGUCUUCUCCCCCACGCUGGAGCUCAAGGAGCUGCAAAAUCGAGACCAGUCAGUUGUACAGAUGGCACUGAAGACGUCUGUGCCAGAAACCUCUGCCCACAACGGCGACUCAAAAAGAACGUCUCCUCUGGUUCUCAGGUCAAAGUAUACCGGCAGGUAUGAUGGAGAAACUCAGGUAGAAGGAGAGGUGAGUGUGAAAGCUGAGCCCAGCAGUCCACUCGCUGACCCCAUGGACAUCGUACGCAUCACAGUUGGUGAUUCUUUGCCAGUCAGUCUCAAAGACUUUCAAACUAAUUAUGAUCAAGGUCCCAGGGAAGUCUUAAAUCCUGUGGGGAAAAGAAGGGACAGGCCAGACAACAGACGGUACCCAUUAAAGAAGAGCAAACUAUUUAAAGAGCAUGCUCUCUCAGUUAACGUGAAUGUGUCAAAAGCAGUACCUCAGCAUGCCAGCGGCGACCCUAACGAGGACGGCGAGGAGUCACCUCAGAACAAGAUUUUCAAAUGCUGGAAUUGUUUAAAGGUUUUCCGGUCAGGUGCUGGGCUUCAUCGUCAUGUAAAUAUGUAUCACAAUCCGGAAAAGCCGUAUGCUUGCGACAUCUGCCACAAGCGCUUUCAUACCAACUUCAAAGUGUGGACGCACUGCCAAACGCAGCAUGGUGUAGUACAAAACCCAGCGUCGUCCGCCAGCUCCUCUGUUCUUGAUGAGAAAUUUCAAAAGAAGCUAAUAGAUAUUGUGAGAGAGAGAGAAAUAAAGAAAGCUUUGCUUUGGAAGUUAAAGAGGAAUAAGCAGGGUUUGCAGUCUCCUGCAAUUACAAAAAAGAGGUCGAGGCCCAGCUACAUAUGCCCAUACUGUGGCAAGACAUUUGUGUUCCAGUCUCAGUACAGACAGCAUUUAAGGACACAUCCUGCUGAAAAAGCUGACCAGGACACAGCGAGGGAGAGCAUCCUCUACCAGGAACAGGAUGAGAUCAUUCAACAGAAGAACCCUGACACCGGUGUUUACUCCUGUAGACUUUGCAAUAUGAAGCUGUCAUCGCUCCUGGAACAGGGUGACCACGAGAGAGGCUGUCGCCAUGCAACCGUGUGCCCCUAUUGUGGCCUCAGAUUCUCAAGUCCAGUUGUCAAGAAAGACCACGAGGCACAUUGUAAGUACAAGAAACUGACAUGCCUGGAAUGCAUGCGCACCUUCAAAUCCUCCUUCAGCAUUUGGCGCCAUCAGGUGGAGGUGCACAACCACAAUAUGAUGACUGUUAAAGACCACAUUCUCCUGAAGCAACAAGAGAACAAUGAAGAGGAGUCUGAAAUGCUCAAGGAGGAGCAUUACAGUGAUGAGCCUCUAACAAGCGAGAGCACAAGAGAGAACAUCAGUUACAGUGAUUCCUCAGGUCCACCUAUGUAUGACUCUGAAGACUCUUCCUCCUAUGUGCCUGAAGACCUGAGCAUGGGCCACCAUGGCAAGCUGGUAGUGAAGGAAGAGCCGUUGGAGGAGGCUGUGAGUGAGCGGGACAACCCCGAUGCUGCCAAAAGUGGCUCCGAAGAACCCGGUGUGUGGCCGUGCGAGAAAUGCGGAAAUCUUUUCAGCUCUCGCAAAGACUUGGAACGACACCAGGAGCUGCUAUGCCACAUCAAACCAUUCAUCUGUCACAUCUGCAACAAAGCCUUCAGGACCAACUUCCGCCUUUGGAGCCACUUCCAGUCUCACAUGUCGACUGCUAACGAACCCGGAGCCAAAGAGAUCGACAGAAACCCCUCACCUCUGAGCCCUUCCCCUCCACUUACCCCUUCAGAACGUCCCUCCCCACAGGCCUCUGUGCUCAUAUCUACUCAGGCGGCACCGGUCCCUGCUGCUACUGCUGCUGCAACCGCAGGGACCGACGAGUCCAGCAGCCCAGAUCCCUGCAGCUCAUUGGUAAGCAAGACCAAGAGGCCCGAACUGGAACGGCAAACCAGCAGCCAAAGCCCCCUGUCAAGGUCAAACAGCAUGGAGAAUCCAGGCGGCCCUCAGGAAUCGGACACACUCUUUUACCACGCACCGUCUCUCUCUGCCCUGACAUUUAAGAGGCAGUACAUGUGCAAACUCUGCCACAGGACCUUCAAGACGGCCUUCAGUCUGUGGAGCCACGAGCAGAGUCACAGUCACAUGUAAGAUUCAGAUGGCCAAUAGCAGUGAGUUUUUUUCUCGGGAGACAAUACUUACUAUAAGAAUAAACACACCUCAGCCUACAAACAAAAGACUUUGAAUGUAUAGCUUAUUCGCUUGCCUCCAAUGUCAUAUAUUGAAGUGGCCAUGUUUAUUUAGACGCGUAAACGUGAAUGUGCAAUCAAGUGCUAGAUUCCUCUGUGAGAAGAGAUGACUAUAAUUUUUUUUCUUGCAAAAUGAUCUAUAUGAAUUUAUCUGUUUCAGACCUCUUUUGGUUGUCUAGUUGUAUUUGCCUAUCUAGUCGUUUUAAGAGUUGCACCCCUCAAUGUUUUCGACUGAAGGUAGAGAAAAAGGCGGGACAAGUGUUUACGUUGUUCUCUCCGAGUGUGGUGGAAAAAGUGCUUUAAAAUUUUGGAGGCUGCGGUUCAUUUAAAGACGAGAGCUUUUGCUUUUUGUACAAACAUGUGAUUGACAUCCCUUAAGAUAUUAUUGGUGGCCUCAACAAUGUAUUCAAUAUGCACUUUUUUGAUUCUGGUAGGAAGAUGUAAUCCUCAGCGAUUACUCUGGAUCAGUAUGUUUCCCUGACCGAGUUUUUAGGCUGCAGGAGUAACAAAAAGCAUCUAACUUUUUCUUUUAGCACUCAUUUGUUCUUACUUUUGAGGCUCAUAUUGAAUUCACAUCAACUCAUUUCAUGGAAAAAUUCAAUGAGACAGUCUGUAUAAGAAAGCUAUACCACAUACAGUCUUCAUUCAGUACCAACAAACACAGUAUCUUCCUAAUGAUUAGCCUGCUGUGAAACAAUGCAAUCAACUGGAAGAUUACAGAAAAAAUAUUUAUUUUCUGAAGUUAAAUGACUAAAACGUCGCUAAAUUAUGUGGAAAAAGGUGCUCAGACCAGUGCACUAGUAGCCAUGCAGGCUGUCGCUGAAAAACAGUGAGCUGGGUUGAUCUCAUAAAGUCCCAAAUACGAGACAUCCUUGCAGUAUUUGGCUUAUAAUAAUAUUAAAUAUUUCCUGUGAGUAAGCUUUCAGAAGCUUUCACAUCAAACGUUGUCACAGUGUCUCAAUCGCUGAGUGUGGCACCAGUGUUGUGUAAAUACACUGAUAGAAUUUUUUGCAAUUGAACACAUUGGACUAUUAAGUGAGCUUUACAGCGCUUCGAUGGCCUUAUGCAACUUUACAAAACUAUUUUGUUAUUUUACGUGAAAGCACAACAGCUUCAGACCACUUAUGACUCAGGCAUUUCAAGGUGGCGACGUUAACGGGAGGGAAAGCAACGAGACGGCAAAUCUUUAUUCUACGAACGGUCACAGAGUGUUCCUGCUUCCUGAAGAUUUCUUGGAAAAGUAAUGAUUGUGUUUUGAUUGUAUUCCGGUUGUUUUACAAAUGUAUUCUUGUACAAGUAUAUACUUCUGCUUCGGCUUGAUAGUUUAGAACUUUGUCAUAAAUUAUUAUUGCUGUUUGGGAGCCUGACAGACAGAACUCCACACGGACUAAUGGACUUUGUUUUCCACUAAAUGAUUAAUGCAAGCUGCAUUGUGAUGUUAAAUUUUUUGCGGAAAUUCUGUAUUGAUAAUAGUGCUCUUAAUUUCUUGUGAGAAAGACUUUCUGAAAGUUUCACAGGAAUGCUUAUAGACUUGUGUACAUGGAGGUGUUUGUAUUCUUGAUUUUUGUACCGAUUUUGUUAGUAAACAAGAGUUUGAUCUUUUUAGUAUUCCUGUGCUCUCACUGCAAUAAUGAAUAUUUGUAUCAACAUUGGUUGCAUCGCUGUUGCUUUUUGAGACUUGCAGCUGUUUUGUGUUUAGGUUUUUCUACAGUUUUGUGCUUCACUUCUGUAAUAAAGAGUAACA